CCCCGAGACAAGAAGAUGCUCCAGUGUGGAGCCCGCUGCGUUCUCAGUGGUGGACAUGUUGUGCGCGGGGAGGGUCGACUUUCACAUGACAUUGAGGCUAUGUAGAUGAGAGCGAGUGUGUGUGAGAGAGAGUGAGUGUGUGUGCGUGUGUGUGUGCGCGCGCGUGUGUUGCAGGGGGGGGAUGUAACAUCUCUGGUCGCUGAUGUUAGGUGGUGGCACAAGGCGAAGCUGCUCCUUCUCCAGCUCGUUUGGCCCCGCUCGUUCAGCACCACCUUGCUGGACAGCGCCUCUUCUUCUCCAGCAGGACCUUCUGGACUCCACUCGCCUGUAUGGACGCGGCUCACUGUGGCUUUCCGCGCGGCUGAGAUUCUUCACGAGGAGCCCGCGGACGGCGCUCCAGCACGGGGACGCGCUUUGACUGUUUCUGUUCGGCUCGGACACUCGCCCCACAGCCCCCUCCUCCUCCUCUUCUUCCUCCUCCUCUCCGCGAAGCUGCUGUCUACGUGGAGCGCUGCUGAACUCUCGCGCCCGCCUGCCCGGAGCUUGGCCAAAGCCAGAGAGAUGGCGAGCAACGGCGCGAAAGCCGCCGCCGACGGACACGUGCUGACCGAGGUGAACGAGGCGCCCACGUCCAACGACAAGCCCAAGACGCUGGUGGUGAAGGUGCAGAAGAAGAAGGACCUGCCGGACAGGGAAACAUGGGCCGGCAAGUUUGACUUUCUCUUGUCGUGCGUUGGCUACGCGAUCGGACUGGGCAACGUGUGGAGAUUUCCCUACCUCUGUGGCAAAAACGGCGGAGGGGCCUUCUUGAUCCCGUACUUUUUGACGCUCAUAUUUGCUGGAGUACCGUUGUUUCUGCUGGAGACCUCCCUUGGUCAGUACACGUCCAUUGGAGGACUUGGAGUGUGGAAACUAGCUCCCAUGUUCAAAGGUGUUGGCCUGGCGGCUGCAGUUCUCUCCUUCUGGCUUAACAUAUACUACAUUGUCAUCAUUGCUUGGGCCAUUUACUAUCUAUAUAACUCCUUCACGACAGAGCUUCCCUGGAAGUCCUGUGAUAAUUCCUGGAAUACAGACAGAUGCUUUUCAAACUACAGCUUGGCAAGCACGGCUAAUAUGACAAGUGCCGUGGUGGAGUUUUGGGAACGUAACGUCCAUCAGCUCACUAAAGGUUUGGAGGAGCCAGGAGAGGUCAGAGUGCCUCUAGCAAUAACACUGGCCAUUGCUUGGGUUUUGGUCUACUUUUGUAUCUGGAAAGGUGUGGGUUGGACAGGAAAGGUGGUGUAUUUCUCCGCCACAUAUCCGUACUUCAUGCUACUGAUUCUCUUCUUCCGUGGAGUCACCCUGCCUGGAGCUAAAGAGGGCAUCUUGUUCUACAUCACACCCGACUUUGAAAAGCUGAAGGAAUCAGAGGUGUGGCUUGACGCUGCCACUCAGAUUUUCUUCUCCUACGGCCUGGGCCUCGGGUCGCUGAUUGCCCUCGGAAGCUACAACCCCUUCAAUAACAAUGUUUACAAGGAUUCUAUCAUUGUCUGCUGCAUCAACUCCUUCACCAGCAUGUUCGCUGGGUUCGUCAUUUUCUCCAUUGUGGGUUUCAUGGCUCACAUCACACAGAGGCCUAUCGCUGACGUGGCCGCAUCAGGUCCAGGACUGGCCUUCCUAGCCUACCCAGAAGCUGUUACCCAGCUGCCUAUUUCACCUCUUUGGGCAAUCCUGUUCUUUUCCAUGCUCCUAAUGCUUGGCAUUGACAGUCAGUUCUGCACAGUAGAGGGUUUCAUCACAGCACUGGUAGAUGAGUUCCCCCUCGUGCUGCGAGGACGACGAGAGAUCUUCAUCGCUGUUGUCUGCCUCGUGUCCUAUGUGAUCGGCCUGUCAAAUAUCACACAGGGAGGCCUGUAUGUGUUCAAACUUUUCGACUACUACUCUGCUAGUGGAAUGUGUCUGCUGUUCCUGGUAUUCUUCGAGUGUAUCUCCAUAUCCUGGUUCUAUGGUGUCAAUAAAUUCUAUGGCAAUAUUGAAGAGAUGAUUGGAUACAAGCCUUGCAUUUGGUGGAAGCUGUGCUGGGUUGUGUUCACUCCUCUGAUCGUGGCGGGCGUGUUCCUCUUCAGUGCGAUUCAGAUGGUUCCUCUCACCAUGAACAAUUACGUGUUCCCUAAGUGGGGCCAGGGUGUGGGCUGGUGUAUGGCCUUAUCAUCAAUGGUCCUCAUUCCAGGAUACAUGGGAUACAUGUUCCUCACAUUAAAAGGCUCAUAUAAAGAGCGGCUGCGGAUAAUGACUCAGCCUACGGCACUGGUCAUGAGCCAAGAGAACGGGCCAGAGCAGCAGCCUGAAAACCCAACCCCAGCCAACGACGAGGCUUACAUCUAAGACCCUGAGUGUGGAAGACCAUCUCUGAUACAAAAAAGUGAAGAAACGUAAUCACGGUUGAGCACGACCAAGGACUUCCAUGUCUAAAAUAUAUUCACCUACCUCCGGGGGAAAAAUGUGACCAACCUGAUUACAAGUGAUUUUUUUUUUUGUUUUAAUGUAUGUAUGAAAA